GAUUUCUGAUUUUAGUUUUUAAGUUUUUUCACUAUAAGUUCUUUAUUUCUUUAGGUAUUUUCUUCAAACUUUAAAUAUAAGUUGCUAGUCAUCAACCACAUCAUAUGUGACAAGGUUUACAACUAUAGGACAAAAUUUAUCAGAAUUACCCUCCCUUGAACUUAAAAUUUUCAUAAAAAAAAUAUUGUUUUUUUUUAAUAACUUCUUUUUUUCUGAAUGUAUCUACUUCAAACUUCAUUUAAAUAAAUGUUUCUUAUUGUCACUCAACAUCUGUGAGAAAGUUCAAUACUCUAGCAAGACUAUUUCCAGAAUUAUGCCCCUUUUGAACUUAGACUUUUUUUUGAGAAAUUGGUAAUUUUUACUCCAACUUCUUCAAUCGUGAUAGGAUUUUCUUCAAACUCCCACAUCAUAAUAAUAAUUAUGACAAGGUUUAUAAAUCUAGCAUCCAUAUUUCCAGAAUAAUCUCCUCCUUAAACUUUUAAUUUUUCCUAUUCAUUCUUUUAACUUUCAUUUACUUCAAAUUCAAAAUAAACAUUUAUUAUUCAUACCUUCAUUACUAAUUGUUCUUUGUUACACUCACAUCAUGUAUCACAUCUUGCAUCUUUAUUUCAAGAGUAAUCUCCUUUUUAAAAAUUUUGCUUUUAAAAAUAUUAUAUUUUGAUAACAGGGAUGUUUUAAAAAAUAACUUUAGAGUGUUCUUCAGUCCGUCUGUCUGUACAUAAAAACUGUUUCCCUCUGUACAUAAAAACUGUUUCCUGUGAUCACUUUUAAAGAACUUUUUCAACAAAUUUACUUAAAAUAGAAACAUAAGUGAAUGGCCAAUGGCCCUUCAGAAUGUUGCUGGGGUUCUAACCGGUAGGGGAUUUAUGGAUUGCUUGCAAUACUUUGAUAAUUGCUUGUUGAUUUCAGGAUUUGGAGUGUUCUCAAAAACACCUUUUGAAAAAGGUGAUUUUUUAUUAGAAUAUGCUGGAGAGAGAAUAAGCAUUGAGGAAGCUGAAGUACGAGAGAGAAAAAAUCCAGCAAACAUGAUGUUUUAUUUCUCUUACAACGGAAAACGACAAUGCAUCGAUGCCAGUGGAGAAUGUAGCCACAUUUGCCAGUAUGUUAAUGAUAACCAUAAUGGAAACUCGGUGAUGAAACUAAGGGUCAUUAAUAAAGUUGCAAGAUUGUGUCUCUUUGCCAAGAAGGACAUUAAUUAUGGAGAGGAAAUAUUGUAUGAUUAUGGGGACAAACAAAGCUUGUGGUGGAGAAAGAAGAAUACUGACUUGGAAGAUCAAUAUUGUUAUGGUAAACAUUAUUCCUUUUAUAAUUAUACAAAGUUGCGUUAGUUUUGAAUUAUUUUAUAAAUUAUUUAUAUAGAGGUUUUGCAUGUAAGUUUGAAAUAUAUUUCACUGAGUGAAUAUUGAGCAAUAUUUUGACAAGUGAAAAUAGAAUAGCUGGUGUUCAUGAAUCUUAUAUGUAAAAAAAAUAAAUUUUCUUUUUAUUUCAUGCUAUUUUUAAGGGAUUUACAAUAUUCUUUAAUGAUUUUGCCGCUUAAUGUCGGGCAUUCCCCUAAUUUUGUAACUUAUUUAACAUGGUGUAUGGCGACAAAUUUUCUUUUCCUAAAGAAGCAACAUUUACGGAAUUUAUUUCUGCCUGUUAUUCCAUUUAUUUAUGGUUUUGUUUUCAUCCCCAUUCAAUUAUAGUCCAGCUACAGUGAAAAUUAUAUUUUAUAAAUUUCACUAGUGGUUUAUCAGAAAUUCAGAAUAUAAUCAUCUGAUAUAUUCCAGUAAAACACUGGAAAGCAUGAAAUAAAUUUAUAUAAUUAUUUAUAGAAAUAAAUACUAAACAAUUUUUAUCAUAAAACUUCAGCAAUGAGGUCCUGGUGAGUGUUUUAGGGUUAUCAUGGAUCUCUUGUUUAUACAUCUUGUCCCAUUUUAAGAAGGGUGUUAGAAAAAAAAUCAGGAAUAAUAUUAACAUACUUCAAUAGGUUAUGAUCAGACAGAUUUAAUUUUUCAUAAAAGCUCAUUUGCUUAAUUGAAAUGACAUUAAAUCAAGAAAGUAAAUAAAAUAUCUAGAGAAAAUUAGUUUAAGGGUUAAUUCAAAUAUUUUUCCUGACCUUGAAAAUUUAUUUUAAUCAAAAUAAUUUGCUAUUUACAUGUAUAAAGGUGUUCCAAACUAGUUUCCAUGCCAUUUUCCAGUCUUAAUUUUGCACAGAGUAUCACAAUGUUUGGGGGUGCCUGAGUGGUUAGUGUCAUUGACUUUGAAUCACUUUUUUUUCUCACUGCUGUGGGAUCAUAUCCCACCAGAGUUUGGAUUCCUUCAUGUUUCGAAGCUAUCCAGCUAUCUUUGGAAUAUUGGUGGUUCUACUCCUGCUGAGGUAUGCCUGAGAAAAGUCCGCACAUGACCUUCCCAACAAAACAAACAUGGAGAUCAUUGAACAAAGAAAACAAAAUUAAAUAUUUUUAUACCCCCGCACAACAAAGUUGUAAGGGGGGUGUACUGGAAUCAGCUUGUCUGUCCGUCAGGCCGUCCGUCAGGCUGUCAGUCCGUUUUUUCUUGUCCGUCCAAUAACUUUAGAUUCCCUUGACCCUUAGUCUUCAUAUUUGGCAUGGAGGUUAGUCAUGAUUAGUAGGUGACCCCUAUUGAUUUUGAGGUCACUAGAUCAAAGGUCAAGGUCACAGGGACUUGACUUCAAAAAGACUUGUCCGCCCAAUAACUUAAGAUUCCUUUGACCCUAAGUCUUCAUAUUUGGCAUGGAGGUUAGUCAUGAUUAGUAGAUGACACUAGAUCAAAGGUCAAGGUCACAGGGGACAUGACUUCAAAAAGCUUGUCCGCCCAAUAACUUAAGAUUCCUUUGACCCACAGUCUUCAUAUUUGGCAUGGAGGUUAGUCAUGAUUAGUAGAUGACCCCUAUCGAUUUUGAGGUCACCAUGUCAAAGGUCAAGGUCAUAGGGACCUUGACUUCAAAAAGCUUGUCCGCCCAAUAACUUAAGAUUCCUUUGACCCACAGUCUUCAUAUUUGGAAUGGAGGUUAGUCAUGAUUAGUAGAUGACCCCUAUUUAUUUUGAGGUCACCAGGUCAAAGGUCAAGGUCACAGGGACUUUGACUUCAAAAAGUUUGUCUGCCCAAUGACUUUAGAUUCCUUUGACCCACAGUCUUCAUAUUUGGCAUGGAUGUUGGUCAUGACUAUAAGGUGAUCCCUAUUGAUUUUGAGGUCACUGGGUCAAAGGUCAAGGUCACAGGGACCUUGACAAAAAAAAAAAGCUUUUCUUCUCAAUUGCUAGAGUAUGUCCUGUCCGCAAUGUAUUGAUUUUGACAAUUUUAAAUUUGAAGCAUAACUUAGCAAUGCACUGGCUUAGUAACCUCAGAUUUGGCAGGGAGGUUGUCCUUGAGCUCUAAAUGGCCAAUGUUGAUUCUGACAAAGUGGUAUGCGGGGGUAUUCAUGCCAUGAUAGUGGCAGUUCUAGUUUAUCUUUGAUUGCACCUGAUCCCUGAUGUCUCUUAUGAAGAAUUUUUUAUGUUGUUUUAUAAAUCUUAAAAUUUAGUGUAAACAGAAUUGCUAUCAUCACUUGUAUUUUUAUCAGACAAAGAAGGAGAAAAAACAUUGGUAUUAGCCAACAAACAUUGUUAAAGGACUACAUGUUUAUGUGGCUGUUCUUUUUGUGUCGCCUCUACGGAGUAGUGGCGACAUAUAGGGAUCACUUCUCUGUGUGUCCCUUUUUCGACUUAGAAAUUUUUGGUUAAUUUUUUGCGUGUAAGCUGGUAUAUCCAUACCUACUGAAGGGAAUAGAUUGAAACUUUACACGCAACAAAAGACUGUUGUGUUUUAAAUGAUACAUGAUUGUACAUGUAUUGUAUUACAGUUGUCUGUUUAUUAAACAAUAAGAUACAUGGGAAGGUUUGUAUCCUUGAUAAAACUUUCUAUAUUAUGUUAAUGCCUCUGAUUAAAAGUGUAGCUAAAAUUUAUAAAUUUCUCUAUCAUUGAUUUGCUUACUUUUUGGUCUCCUUUGUGCAUGCUUUGCGUAAGCAGCAUCACAGAAAACAAGUCUUAUGUAUUUCUUUCCUAACUGUAUGAAUAGAACAUGUAUUUUACUGAAAUAGUUUAAAAUAGGUAUGAAAAUGAAUCGCAGAUAAGUAAUGACAAAAAAAUUAUUGAUAUAUCAGUGUAUCGUUGAUUCAUAUCUAUAUAUUGUUGAUACGCUAUGCACUGAAUCAAUGACAGCUCUAGGUGAAACCAUAUUUGCCUUGUAUUUGGAAGUUGAU